AGCACAUCAAAUCUAUCGUCGACGGUCCAAAAAUUCCGCUGGAUCGAAUUGAUCAGUGCCCGGAAAUAACAACUCGCUUUUUUGAAGCAAAGUUCACACGAGAUCAAUAUCGCGUUCUGCACAUACAGGAGUACUGUAAUUCAUGUAAAGGAAUAAUUUGCGAGUGCUUCGAGACAACGUGUAAUACGUACUAAUAACUGUGACAAAAAUGAAGAACAUUGAAUGUGAACUGCUCGAGCAAUGCUCGCAGAUCGCAAAUUUAGCGGAACGUGGUUGCAACGCUGCGACGUGUGCCUCGUGCAGCUUGAAAAAUGUAGUAGUGCCAAAGGUCCUCGACUCACCGUUGGCUCUAGACAAUCCAUAGUGGCGAGAAUCGCGCGACUUGCGGUUGCAAAAGCGCAGUUAGAAAGACGUUUUGUGCACGUUGGAGGUGGUACGCACGCUAGUACUAGCGCCUGUGACAAAAAAUCGCUCGUGUGGCGCGAGAUUGAGGCUGCGUUUGAGUCACGUAUUCUUACGGAUGCGGUAAUAAACGCAGAUUAUAUUGAGCCGCGUCAUUUCUUGGAGGAUGCUAAUGAUUUGGUGAUCGAGCAAGUUUCGAGAUGCUAUCGCGAAACAUGGAAGUGUAAAGGUGAACACUGUAUUCAACGAUGAAUUUGUAAACAUUCAUGACGAUUGCGAUAAUAAAAAUCUCGCGACGAAAAACUAUGAACUAUACAGAGCAUCAAAUUUGCGCGAAUAGUACGAGCAGCGUGUAAUCGAAGUGAUAUUAGCGAUGCUCGAUGAGUUUCAGGAACGCAAUAGUGAUUGGGCGUUACACCGAAUACAGAACUUGAUGGUGAAUAUAAACAAACUUAAUCCUAUGCACGCGGGAUGUUACUUUGAAGUGCCGCUGUCGGUAAGUGACAAACGUGCAAUAAUUAACGUACAUUCAAAAGACAAUGCUUGCUUCGCGUGGUCGGUGGUGACUGCCCUGUACACCGCUGAAAGAAAUGCAUCCCUGGAAUCAUCUUACCCGCAUUAUUCGACUGUUUUAAAGUUUGACGAUAUACAAUUUCCAAUGAAAGUGAAAGACAUUGGAAAAUUUGAACGAUUAAACGAUGUGUCGGUGAAUGUGUACGGUACCGAAUUUGAUAGAAAAGAAAAGAUACUUUACAUUGUACCGUUACGCUUGACUGAAGAUAAGAAGAAGAAACACGUCAAUCUUUGGAAAAUAAACAUGACGUCACCCACGGCCACUUUGCGUGGAUUAAGAACCUGUCGCGACUGGUCAGUUCACAGCUGAGCAAAAAAAAAAAAACAAGAAAUUCAUUUGCGAUCGUUGCCUGCAUUACUUCUACCUAGAGGAAAAAUUGCAGUCGCACGAAGUGGAGUGUAGGAAAGUAAAUGACUGUGCCAUCAUACUACCGAGAGAGGACCAGAAAUGGCUAGAAUUCAACUCAUACAACAACAAGGAGCGCGUACUCUUUGUAAUUUACGCCGAUUUGGAGUGCGUAUUGAGGAAGAUGAAGAACGAAACAGAGAAUACAUCAAGUUUCGCGUAUCAACACCACGAGGUAUUUAGCUUACUAUGUUAAAUGUUCGUUCGACGAUGCGUUAUCGAUGUAUUGUUUUCGCCGCGAUAAGGACUGCGUCGCGUGGUUUGCGAAAGAAUUAAAAAAUCUGGCGCAUGUCAUGAAAGCCCGAAUAUUCGUCAAUGUUCCAAUGGAACAAUUAACUAGACAGCAGAAAGAGGCAUUCUUAAACGCGACGCAUUGUCAUAUAUGCGAAAAACCGUUUAUAUCAAAUAAGUGUCUUAGCCGUUACGAGUGGCUUGAUAAUCGGCGGGUGCGUGAUCACUGUCAUUUGACCGGCAAGUAUCGAGGUCCCGCUCAUAAUAAAUGUAAUCUAAAUUAUAAGAAGACGUACGUUAUUCCGGUCGUUUUUCACAAUUUGAGCGGUUACGACGCGCAUUUUAUAAUAAAAGAAAUUUCUACCGCGUUCGAAGGCAAGAUUGAUUUACUACCAAUAAAUAAAGAAAAAUAUAUUUCGUUUACUAAACAUGCUGCAGCUACCGGUGUAGAAACAGAAUCGGGCAAAGUACGAAAUUGUAUACAAUUUCGAUUCAUCGACUCGUAUAAAUUCCUAAGUGCAAGCCUCGAAAAAUUGGCGUCAUUUCUAAGUAUUGAUCAAUUAAAAAUUACUCGUUCCAAAUUUUCCUCAUUGUCAAACGAAGAUUUCAAAAUCCUCACACGCAAAGGCGUUUUUCCGUACGAGUACGUUGAUGAUGCCGACAAGCUUUUAGAAACGCAUUUACCGCCGCGCGAAUCAUUCUACAGUUCACUUAGCGGGCAGACGGUAUCAGAGCAUGAUUACGCUCAUGCCGAGAACGUAUGGCAGCGGUUCGCAAUUGAAACCCUGGGUGAAUACAGCGAUAUAUAUUUGAAAACGGAUGUCUUAUUAUUAGCCGACAUUUUUGAACAAUUUCGCGAUAAAAGCAUGCAGAGUUACGGUUUGGACCCUGCGCAUUACUAUACAUUGCCAGGCUACACAUGGGAUGCAAUGUUGAAGAAAACGGGUAUAAGAUUCGAGUUGCUCACAGACAUUGAAAAACUAUUAUUUGUGGAACGUGGGAUUCGUGGCGGUUUAAGUCAAUGCUCGAUAAGCUCGAGCAGAUAUGCACAGGCCAAUAAUAAGUAUACGAAAUCAUACGAUCCGUCAAAACCAUCGACAUAUUGUGAAUAUUACGAUGUAAAUAACCUUUAUGGGUGAGCAAUGUGUCAACCGUUGCCAUACGGUGAAUUUAAAUGGGUCGAAAACGUUGACAAUUUUAAUGUAAAGGCAAUCACAUUGGACUCGGACACCGGGUAUAUACUGGAAGUCGACCUUACAUAUGAGAAUCAUCUGCACGAUCGACACAGUGUCUUACUGUUUUGUCCUUCGAGCGAUAACCUUCCAGGGUCAAAGCAAAAUAAGCUGCGGCCCGUAUUCAUAGUCGUGACUUAUUUUCAAGAUCGUCUUAAGUACGGUCUUAAGUUACCCUCUAGAUUCAUAGUCAUGAAUCAAGCAAAUGCUUGAGUAAAAUCUCAAGUCAAGACUUGCCCAAGACGAUCUUGUUUGGAAACGUCUUGUUUGGUCUCGACAUGAUUCAUAGACAGAUCUUAUUCAAAAUAAGACCAGACUUAAGACUAUCUUAUUAGUCAUGAAUUCAUAGUCGUAAUAAGACGUCUUGUAUGACGUAUAUACAACCAAAUAAGACAAUCUUCGCCAAGUCGUGGUCGAAGUAGACUUAAGCAAAGCUGUAGAGUACUAUUCUAACCUCAAAUUAAUGUUUGCUGGAGUUGGAAUACUUAAAUUUAAAAAAAUGACAGCAAAGACAAGACUAGUUAAUCGUAGAUUUUUAAUUCCUUUAUUCUUGUAAAAACAUGACUAGUAUUAAAAAAAUAUACACUACUCAAAAAAAAUAGGGAACACUUUCCAGACACCAAAAAU